AUGAGUCAAUAUGUUCACGUCCCAAAAUCUGAACUAGACGAGGCCCAGUUGCGGCAGCUCGAGGAGCAUGAAAUCUCGCAGGGUCCUCUGUCAGUCCUGCAACAAGCAGUCAGAAAUCAUGCUCAAGUGCUCAUCUCUUUGCGGAACGAUAAGAAGCUGUUGGCCCGUGUGAAGGCGUUUGAUAGGCACUGUAACAUGGUCCUAGAGAAUGUCAAAGAGAUGUGGACGGAAAUCCCCAAAGGAAAGAACAAGAAGCCGGUCAACAAAGAUAGAUUCAUUAGCAAAAUUUUCCUUCGUGGGGACUCAGUUAUCCUCGUUCUACGCAACCAAGCAUGA